AUGGCUGCAGUUCAACCCUGGCACCGAGUUCUCCGAUACGGCGCUCUCGCCCUUGGUGUCUACCACGGCAAGUAUGCCUACGACCAACUCGCCGUUAUCCGAGCUAACGAGCGAAAGGAAGAAAUCGAAGUCGCCAAGGCUUACAUGGAGCAGACUCACAUCGCCAACAAGCUCGUCGAGGAAGAAGGCAAGCGAGACUCCUACCUUUUCGGUACCAAGCUCCCAGAAGCUCCCAACGCCGCUCCAUACAACGCCACCAACGACAUCCUUCUCACCCUCGAAGGCCCUAACAAGCUCCACCCCCACCUCCAGGCCCUCUGGGAAGCCAACAAGGACAAGGCUCCCUUCGGCAACCACAUCACCAACGGCAAGAAGGAUCUCUUCCCCGGACCCCAGCAGUACAUCGCUUCUCUCCCAACUCCCCUCAUGGGCCGAGCUCGAUCCUCCUUCGACAACCAGGUCCUCACCCUCAACUUCCUCAUCGAAGUCAACAAGAAGCUCGGUAUCGACACCUCCAAGGUCGAGAACAUCGUCUUCCCCAACAUCGUCCGAGACGAGAACAACGUCGUCAAGGUUGUCGGUGGCACUGCUGCUCCCGCUUGCGCCUGGACCUCUACUUUGUAA